UCAUUGUUGUCGGUUUAACCGCGGUGCGGCAGAAAACAGUUUAUUUCUUGACUCUUUGUCAAAUUUGGCAACUAAACGAGGUUGGAGCGACCUGCAGAUCAACUCUGGCGUAGCCCAGGGCAAUAUCUUACGAAUAACACGCGAUCUCCACUGGCAAAAGCGAAAUCAUCGUAUCGCGACCAGAAUAUUGCCGGGAACAUCGAUUGAAAGCUAGAGAACGGCUUUGAUGUUAUUGGUGUGUCAUAAUGACUCACAUUUUAACAAAUCCAGGCUAUCCAAAUGAGCUUCGCUUUCGCUCCAAGUCUGCCGAAGUGUUUAGAGAACAUGAAAGACGAAAACAAGGUAUUUCACAAUCGGAUUUCGACAAGAUUCGCAGCCUUUCUCGCCAGUCAUGGAAGCAUACUUGGGAAAACCCUGGCGAGCCUUUGCCUUCUGUAAAAUGUAACCACUUUGUUACUACUUACUCGACAACACAUAACUACAGAGCUCUUCAAGAACCCACUCCAUGUCGCCCGACUUCGCCAACAAGACGAAAUAAUCCUCACCCUACAAGAUCAUUUUUGCGACUCAGGUUGAGGGAGGCUAAGGGGUUUCCCAAGCCGAAAGAAAAACCAGGACAGGACCCUUAUGAUGGUGAGACAAUAAAAAUAGACAAUAAUAAUAAUCAUUAAUAUUUAAUGAUGCAACAGACCUUGCCUUAUCAUGAUGGUAACUACAUUAUAUUCUCAA